UUUCAGUACUCUGUGGGUGAGGACUCGAUGUCCACUCGAAUGGCUUUGACUGAGUCAGUUCCUGAUCUCCUAUCCCUCUUCAACAUCUCUGCUAACGUCUGCUGCCCACCUGCCUGGGAAUAGAGAUGAGACCAUAUGACUUCGGAUGUCCACCACGCCCACUGCACCAGUGGGCACCCAGAGACUGUUCUCAAACUAAGAAGGGAAGAGUUCCUCUGUGUGUCCGGGAUAACUCCCAGCACCUCCUGGGUCUGGGUCUGGGGAGAAAGAAGACCUGGCUCUACCAGAGACGGCACGUGAAGCCACCCCUGCAUGCCACACAUGCGAAAUGUCUUCAAUGGCCCAGCCACAGCUCAGCAAACAUUUGCCUGUCCAAGGCCGGACCACACUACUUCACCUUUGUGAGCAGGGUUCGACUGUGGGAUCGGGUGCAGACUCACAACCCCUCUCACCUACAGGCAGAUCCAGAUGGGACGUUGCAGCCUUGCCCAAGAUUCGUUGCUCACAUGAGUACUUUGUCCAACAGUCCAAUGAUGCCCUGGGAUUUCAUGAAAGCUCCCCGGACGCACUAUCCUGGAACCAUGGACAGAGAGCCACGCGUGCCCACCAGAAAAAUCCGGACAUCAGCAGCACAUUAUAGGCACAGGUACCCAGCCAAAUCAUUUUGCCACUUGCAGUUUAAACCAAGCUCAGAACCUCAGCCAAAAUCACCCCCAGCAAGUGAGGAGUCAUCAGGGGAAGAUGAAGAAAGGACAUGUGGUACUCACUGGAAUCCUUUAGCUGGAGACAGUGAGCAGAACCCAGCUGAGGUGUCAGAUGAAAACAGUCGACGUGCACACGAUGCAGAGUUCUGGAGUGAAUCAGGACAGAAAGGUCCAGGGGUGGAUGAAGUGGAUGUUCUGAGACAGAGCUUCAGUACCCUUCAGUUGGGAUUGGAGAGCACAUCAGCCCAAGACAGAGGGCAGGCUUUGAAUGUGAGCAGGCAGGGGUGUGAGUUCAGCCUUGACAGAGACAACGAUGAGGCAGCUCCUGAAACCUGGGACAGACCCAUGAUCUCAGGGACCAGCAGCAGCACCGACCUCUCUCAACUCCGGUGUUCCUCCAUCUCCUGGGACAGCCGGGUUUCGACUGGCUCCACGGUGCCAGGAGGGAGCGUUGCCCCAUCUGACACCCACCUUCGUAAUACCUCUCGGCUGGUGACGAGUGGCCUUUACCGUAGCUUUGUCAGCUUGGAUCAGACCGUACGUGAUAGACCCAGCACUGGUGAUCCACGCAGCGUACCAUCCUCUGCAGCAAGACAGUCCCCCACGGAGAGAAACCCGUCAUUUGUAGAAAUCUGGCACGACCGGCUUCUGAACCACUGGCCUGUUCUCCCUCCAAUUUCACCACAGACAGGAAGUUUAGAAGCUUGCUCAUGUGGGAGUGAUGGUGGAGCGAAUCACAGCUACAGUGACCUCAGUGCAUAUGAGGAGCUUGAUGAGAUCAUCCCAUGCACCGGCUCAUCUUUGUCCCACCACACUCUGGGUGAUACGACUGAAGAAGUGUCUGACUCAGAGCUGAACAGAAGAUCACCUUUCUCUCGGACCACCUCGGCCUGGGCUGAUGAGACACUGGCCGAAGCCAGACUGGCACUGCUGGACCACCAGGACUUCAUUCAGCACUGGGAUACCAACCAGCUUGGGGAGCGAUUGGCUCAGGCGACAACAGCAGAGAACACAGAAUCGAUGGCCAGAGGGGUGGGAGAGGAAGAUGAUGGCAAAUCCAAAAUUAACGCAGGUUCACUGGCUCCCCGCCCAGCUGGCGACUCACCGGAACGCAAGCCAACUCCUACCCAAAGGACUAACAAGGAUGAUGUGGAUCUCGACUGUCUCACAACGAUUGACAAUUUGUCACACAAGGCUGCACAGUCGAGCAGGACGAUCCCAUCCCCAUGUUCCGCUCCUAUAGCGCAGGAAUCUUGGACAGCGGCCCUCCCUGAGAAGGCCCACCAGUCUGAAGUCAGCGUCUCGCCCGGCGAGAAAGGACAAGGCUCCUCUCCACCGCCAGUCAGUUCAGUCUCUGCAGUGACGCCCAACCUUUCUCCAGCCUUCAGCCACCAGAAUGUAAGGACACUGGUGGCCGGGAGAGGGAGUUGGGUGUCGAGGGAGACCUCAGGAGACCUUCCGUCAGGGGAGAUGACUCGGCCACGCCAGCAGCCAAGAGCAGGAGGCUUACGCACAUUCAGAAAGCCGUGGAUGGCGGAAUCCCACAGACAGUCCGGCCCUAUGGUUACCAGUGUCUCUGAUAUCCGAGAGAUGAACUUUCUGGAGAAGUAUUGCAUCUUUAAUCAAGAGGACUUGGCAUUGUACAAGAAGAAAUUCCAGGAGGUGGAUAACAACAAUGAUGGCUACUUAUUCUGUGCGGAGCUAGUUACAGCUUUGAAAGAAAUGGCUCCAUUGGGAGCACUCACCGAUUCGGAGGAAAUUUAUAUUUACAGGAUACUGGAGAGCCUGGGUUACCGCGUCACCGAUGGAUUGAUAGACCUCCGGCUCUUCACUGUGAUGGUCAGCCUGGCGCAGAAGAUCACAGCACUGGAUGGCUUCAUGAGGUCAUUGAUUGGAAACAUGGAUCUAAAAGCUUUGGACCUGAAGCUAUACCGAGCCAAGCAACUAUUCCUGUGCAGUUUGGAAGCAGGGUCAAACACCAUCAGCGUCGAGCAGCUCCUGGUGGAGCUGAAGGCCGGCAGAAUCAGCAACGUGCAUGAAGAGAAAGUCCGACAGGAGCUCCAACACACCAGGGAGCUGGAUCUCUUGGAUUUCCUCACCUACCUCCCACUUUUUGUCCUGAUCCAUAACUCGGUUGUCUCGAAUCCUCUGGACAACACUCCAACACUCUGAAUCUAGAGUCUGAGGUUUGGGCUACAAAGGAAGACACUGAUCACAACUGAUCAGGGAAGGAAUUACUGUGGUAUUUAGACAGGAUAUCUUGGUGGGCUGGGUGGCAGGGUAGAGAUAUGUCUCUAUCAAAGUAGGUGUAAGGCUCUCCUUCCCUCUGCUAGCCUGUAGGUCACCCUUGAGCAAGAUGUAGGCUCUGAUUAGCACCGCCUCCCAGCACUGAUCAGAGUCACCUGAAGCCAUGGGAGAAGGUGGUGCAUGAAACAUAGAAAAUCUACACCACAUGACAGGCCCUUUGGCCCACAAUGUUGUGCCAACCAUGGUUGUAUGAGCAGCUGGUGUGUCUCAGAAGUUCUGGUUAUCCAACCACUGAUGCCAGGCAGACAAUCUUGGAGGAGUAUUGAUCAGAAUUAGUCUUAAUAUACCGGCACAUGUUGUAAAAUUUGUUAACUUUAUAGCAGCAGUAAAAUAAAAUACAUGAUAAAUACCUAUUGAGAAAAAAACUGAGUUACAUUAUCUAUAUGUUUAUUAAAUAGUUAGGUUAAAAUAGUGUGAAAAAAGUAGUGAAGAAGUGUUCAUGGGUUCAACAUCCAUUUAGAAAUCAGACGGCAGAGGGGGGAAAGCUGUUGCUGAAUCGCUGAGUGUGUGCCUUCAGGCUUCUGUACCUCCUACCCAACAGUAACAAUGAUAGAUAGAUAUAUGGACAGGAAAGGAAUGGAGGGUUAUGGGCUGAGUACAGGUCGGUGGGACUAGGUGAGAGUAAGAGUACAGCACGGACUAGAAGGGCCGAGAUGGCCUGUUUCCAUGCUGUAAUUGUUAUAUGGUUAUAUGUGAAAAGGGCAUGUCCUGGGUGGUGGGGAUCCCGAAUGAUGGAUGCCGCCUUCUUAAGGCACCACUCCUUGAAGAUGUCUUGGAUACUACGGAGCAUAGUUCUUAUGAUGCAGCUGACGAAUUUUACCAUUUUCUGCAAUUUACUUAGAUCUUGGGCAGUAGCGUCCCCCCCCCCCGCCCCAUCCCACCCAUACCAGACUGCGAUGCAGCCAGUCAGAAUGCUCUCCAUGGUACAUUUGGAGAAGAUUUCAAGCGUUUCAGUUGACAAACCAAAUCUUCUCCAACACCUAAUGAAACUUAGCCACUGUCUUGCCUUCCUUGUAGCUGCAGCAGUAUGCUGUGACCAGGUUAGGUCUUCAGGUUGGGAUAAUGACGAGGGUCACCCAUCUUGUAAAGACACUGCUCAGGAGAAGUGCUCAGACACUGCUCUGUAGAAAAGUUCGCCAAGAAUUUGCCAAAGGCCAUGAUCACCUACAUCAUACAACAUGGCACAUAAUAAUGAUGAUGAUGCUGAUGAUGGUCUUGGUGGGGGUGGAAUCAGCCAAUGAGGCUGUAAGGGUACAACUAACAGAGAUCAAUUUGAUGGCUGAUAAGUUUAUUAAUCUGAUAGAGUUAAGUUUGAUUCAUCCUUGGUAUGUGCUAAAAUAUGCAACACAAAAUGGAAGUUUGUAAGACAAAAUGGUGUUAGUUUGGGAUGUGGGGAAGUUUUGUGAAAGUACGACGGGACCAGUCCACAGUCAUGUUUUGAAACUUAGAGUCAGUGGUAGCCUGCAGACUUGAGAAUACUUCAUGGUGAAAGACAUGUUUGUCUGGGAAGAGGAAGAUGAUUUUGCAGGUGCAGAUACUGCCUUCUACUGUCCAUGGGAUAGUAUGGGGGCAAAUCAUUUUGAAGUGUAUAAAAUUUCUUGGUGAAGAUUGGAAUCUUACCUCAGUCUGAAUCACUAGGGUAGAGAAAGAAGGCUGUGUGAAUGGUUGGACAUCUGUGAUUCUCUCCAUCAUUGUACAGAUUAAUAAAUAUUAUUUUGUUUCCUUAUCUACUUUCUAAGUAUUCUUCCUUCAUUUUGUUCCUUUUAUUCUUUAUAUAAUUCUAAUAAAGUGCUUUCUUUUAUAACCUUUAAUACAUGUACAAUGCCUCCAUUGUUUGCAAAUACCUCUUGCUGCUGAAACAGAAAAGAACAAGGAACAAAUUUUAAAAUCUUUUCAUUGCAAUGAGGUUAUACUACAGCCUUCCCAAUGAUCAGCGGGAAUUGGAAGAAAAGGUAUGUGGGUAAAUUGCAGAGGGGUGUUCAAAUAGGAUAGUAGUAGAGGUGGUAUUUUCACUUUCCCAAUACCGAUUGGAAUUUCCUUCGUGUAACAAGCUUAGAUGGGGUGGAGUUUGUAAAUUGUAUCUGAGGGUUUUUAUCAGACUGUGUGUAGAGUUCUACCAGGGAACGGGCAGUACAAGCUCAUUUUCAGAAAUGAAGAUGGAAGAGAGACAGAAAUGUCUGUUCAACAAACCUUUGGAAACAGUGACCAUAAUUGGAAGAGCCAAUUUCAAUAGUAUAAGACAGGGUCUGGCAAAGAUAGAUCACUUAGCAUAGAUGUGAUGGGCUGAAGGGUCUGUUUAUGGGCUAUAUAACUCCAACUCAAUGGGAGUAGCUGCUAGAGAGGAAAACAGAACUAGAUAAGUGGGAGGUGUUUAAAGGCAAGAUAGCGAGUGAUAUCAAGAGGCAAAUACAAAUGAUGCAUUUCACUGCAGACACAAGGAAAUCUGCAGAUGCUGGAAAUUCAAGCAACACACAUAAAAAAUGCUGGUGAACACAGCAGGCCAGGCAACAUCUAUUGGAAGAGGUACAGUCAACGUUUACAAUCUCUUCCUUCAGUUAGCCCUGACGAAGGGUCCCAGCCUGAAACGUCAACUGUAUCUCUUCCUAUAGAUGCUGCCUAGCCUGCUGCGUUCCAGAUGCAUUUCACUGUAUGUUUUAUUGUACAUGUGAUAAAUAAAUGAAUCUGAAUCUAUUCUGAGUCAGCAUGUCUCUGUAAGUGGAAUAAGCAAAGAUGGAAGAUUGGGGAACCUAAAGAAAGGAUAUUGAUGAUUUGAUCUUGGCAAGCAAGAUUAAGGUGAAACCCAAAAUCCUUUAUAGAUUACACUUACUGGCCACUUUAUUAUGUACAGGAGUGGAACCUGGUGUGGUCUUCUGCUGUGCCCAUCCAUUUCAAGGUUUGAUGUGUUGUGCAUUUAUAAAUGCUCUUCUGCACACUGCUGCUGUGAUGCAUUGUUAUUUGAGAUACUGGCAUCUUGCUGUCAGCUUCAAACCAGUAUGGCCAUUCUCCUCUGAACUCUCUCAUCAAUAAGGCAUUUUCUGCCACAGAACUGCUGCUCAGUGGAUUCUUGUUGUUUUUCAUGCCAUUCUCUAUAAACUUUAGAGACUAUUGUGCUUGACAAUCCCAGGAGAGAAGCCAGGAGUGAGUGUUGCCUUCCAGGUGCUGGGGCCCAGGUUGUCUCAGAGCAGCUGCAGAAGAUUCCCCAGAGGGAGGGUAAGCAGCCAGAGGUUGUUGUGCACCUUGACACCAAUGGUGUAGGUAGAAAGGGGGAGGAGGUCCUACAGG